AUGCCCGACGCGCUAAUGUCCACCAAGCAGACGGCCGCGCGGUUCGCCAACGCGCUCCGGUCCUUCUCCGCGUCCGGGGACGCCUUCCGCGUGCUGUCCACGGUGCCCCCCCGCACGGAAACACCUCCGCCGCCGCCGGACAGCCUCAUCGGCGGCGCCGGUGCAGGUGGACGUGGCGGUGACGACGAGGCCGUGUUCCUGUGCGGGUUCGACACGGUGGUGCGCAUCUUUGAGCCGCGGUACUAUGGGGGGAGCGGGGGGAUGGGGAGCGCGCUGGGGCCGUUCUUCCGGCGGGCGAGGCUGCGCGUGACGAUGAGGCCGGACGGUGCGUGGGGGACGGCUGGGGAGCAGGCGGCGUAUGUGGCUGGUCUGGAGGGGACGCUGGGCAGGAGCGGUGGUGAUGCGGCGUGGGUGAGGAGGAUUGAGUUGGUGGACGGGGUGGAGGGGGCGGUGAGCAGCUCGAGGGUGAGGGAGCUGGUGAGGACUGGGGAGAGGGGGCCGGCGGUGGAGGGCUUGGUUGGGGCCGAGGUUGCGAGGUGGAUUGACGAGGAGGGCUUGUAUAGGGAGUAG